AUGGCCACGUCUGAGGACGGCAGCGGCUGCCUCGUGUCUCGGGGCCGCUCACAGAGUGACCCCAGCGUCCUCACCGAUUCCUCAGCCACCUCCGCGGAAGCCAACGACAACCCAGAUGAGAUGGACCAGACGCCCCCCAUGCGCCCCGAGUGCCUGGUCUCAGGGAUCCGAACCCCGCCUGUGAGGCGGAGUAGCAAGCUGGCUACCCUGGGCAGAAUCUUCAAGCCAUGGAAAUGGAGGAAAAAGAAAACCGAGAAACUGAAGCAAACAACAUCAGCUUUGGAGAAGAAGAUGACCGGCAGGCAAGGUCGGGAGGAGCUCAUCAAGAAAGGGCUGUUGGAGAUGAUGGAGCAGGAUGCUGAAAGCAAAACCAACCCCACUGGGGGACCCCGAGGUGUGCAGAGCGAACCGUCCCCGCCCCAGCAGGAAGCGCUGACAUCGGAAGAUACUCAGCCUGGAAGCCCCCUGGCCAUUGGGACAAACCCCCUAUCACUGGAUGAGCAGCUGUCCACAGACACCCACCCUGAUGAUGCAGCCAAGUCACCGUUAGCGUCUAGUGGUGAAGACACAGAUGACGACAGCCUGUUGUCCACCUUGGAUGAGUCCUCUCAAGCCUUAGCUGAAUCCCUGGAGAGUCCCCACAGACCCCUGGAGAGAUCCGUGGGGCAGCUGCCCAGCCCUCCACUGCUACCCACCCCACCACCCAAGACUGGAUCCAAACUUGUGAAAAGCGUCACAGGCUCAGCCGCUCUCUCCCAAGGCUCUGGUGUGAAGCCCACAGACCCUAUCCUUCGAGGUCAGCUCUCUACCCCCACGGGGUCCCCACACCUCACCACCAUCCACAGACCACUGCCCCCCAGCCGGGUCAUUGAGGAGCUACACAGGGCGCUGGCCACAAAGCACCGGCAGGACAGUUUUCAGGGAAGGGAAAACAAAGGGUCCCCCAAGAAGCGCAUGGAUGCCCGCCUGUCGAGGACUUCCAGCAUGGAGCGGGGCAAGGACAGGGAGGAGGCCUGGAGCUUCGACGGGGCCGCUGAGAGCAGACGGACCUCCGUCAGGGAGUCCGAGGAGAAUAAGGAGAACUUGCUCGUGGACUCGGAACUCAAGGAUGACUUGCUUCUCUAUCAGGAUGAAGAGGCGCUCAACGACUCCAUCAUCUCCGGAACACUGCCCAGGAAAUGCAAGAAGGAGCUCUUGGCAGUGAAGCUGAGGAACAGACCAAGCAAGCAAGAGCUGGAGGACCGCAACAUCUUCCCCAGAAGGACCGACGAGGAGAGGCAGGAGAUCCGGCAGCAAAUCGAGAUGAAGCUCUCCAAACGGCUGAGCCAGCGGCCCGCUGUGGAGGAGCUGGAGAGGAGGAAUAUUCUGAAACAAAGGAAUGACCAGACAGAGCAGGAAGAAAGAAGGGAGAUCAAGCAGAGGCUGACCAGAAAGCUUAAUCAGAGACCCACCGUGGAUGAGCUGCGAGACAGGAAAAUCCUGAUCCGGUUCAGCGAUUACGUGGAAGUAGCGAAAGCGCAGGACUAUGACCGGAGGGCAGACAAGCCCUGGACGCGGCUGUCGGCGGCAGAUAAGGCAGCUAUUCGUAAAGAACUAAAUGAAUACAAAAGUAAUGAAAUGGAGGUCCACGCAUCAAGCAAGCACUUGACAAGUCAGAGCAGCUCCGUCCUCACGGUUCACGUGCUGGACUUGCAGAAGCUUUUAAUCGUUGCAGGCUUAUUUGGAAUUUCCCUGAAGCUCAGCUCGAGAUCGCCUGACGCAUCCGAGGGAAACGGGAGCACACCCAGGAAAGGCUCCCGCACACUGGACCUGCCCGAGCCGCAGCCGGAACGCACGCUUCAUUCUUGGGUGUCUGAAGAGUGUGACCUGUGA